AUGGCUGCGACUAGAGGAGAUGCCACAGGUUCCUUGAGGAAUCUUACAUGUCCAAUGUGUCUCGGAAUCUUCACUGAAGCAACCAUCUUGACAUCAUGCGGACACACAUUCUGCAGGAACUGUCUGAAGACCUACGACCUGUCUCACCAGGACCGUAACUACAUGAUCUGUCCUCUCUGUCAGAAGAACACUAAUUUGUCUGCGAACCGUGUCGAUGGCUUGCUUGCAAACGUAACGGUUAAUAAAUUCGUGGACGAUUACCGGGCGAAAAAUGGAGGAGCAAAUGCAACCACUGCUCGGAUCCGCCCAAAAUGCACCUCUUGCAAGCCUAAGCCACAUGCUGUUUCAUUCUGCAGAACUUGUAAUGACCACUUGUGUGAUGAGUGCCGGUAUUGCCAUGAGCAUCUUAGUGUCUUUGAAGGUCACGAUAUUGUUUCCAUGCAGGAUGCCAUUAAGAAAUGUUCCUUCCACAGACUGGAGAAGAAAGAUGUUUUUUGUGAGGAUUGUAAAAUCUACAUCUGUCUCAAAUGCUUACCCGACGGUCAUCAGUAUCAUAAAAUCCAGAAUCGGGCCACCUUCGGUGAGGAGCUGCAGCUUGAAGUGGACAACCUUGUCAAACGAUGCGUAACUAAGGAACCAGAACUGCAGAAGAACAUUCAGAAUGUAGCGGUUCAACAAAAUGAGGUAACCAUUGCUAUGCAGAGGCUUCUGAAUGAUGUAAACAAUGCCUACAGAAUAAAAAGCAGAAGGUUGAAAGAGUAUCAUCAGAUUCUCAAGACACAAAUUCAUACACUAGAAAAGAGUUAUGGCGACGCCUUAAACGGCGUGAAAUUCAAUGAUCUACAGAAGAUUGAAGGUAUCCGUAGUUCAAUAGCCAGGAUAGCACAGAUAGAUAAAGACACACUGGGCAAUCUUGAGACAGAGUAUCUGUCUGUUCAUAAAUUUAUGUGUAAAGAUCUAGAUUACUUGCUGAAAGAGGGUAAUGGUUGCACUUCGGCUGAGGUCAUUAAGAAUAAAGCUCAAAGGAAUAAGUUCAAGCCAUCUGGUAAAACUCGAAUUACUCUUGGGAGCAUAUCAGGAUUCACCGAUACCACCCCGGGACUGCGAUGA